CCCAAAGGCCUUGCUUCUCGAUCGAAGGGACAAGCGAAGCAACUAGAAUCUCAUUUGUCAAAGACACGAGUCUGUGCGAACAACCAUGAAGCUCUUCAAGAGCAGCAAGAAGAAGAACAAGGGGCUCGCCGACGGCAGCGAGAAGGAAAAGAGGCGGUCCUCCCUUUUCGGAAAGGGCAAGAAGCAAAAGCAAAGGGCCGGCCGAACCAGCGGGAUCCAGAGCACCCCCUUUCCCGACGAGGCGGACGAUGCGGUUACGGCCCGGACGUCGGUCCUCUCUCCGGCCUCCUCCUCCGGCGGACGAAGCAGCCCCGGAUUCGGCGACGCCCACCGGCCAGCCCUUGGACACUGGGAAGGCCACGACCACGACCACUCCGGCAGCAGCAGCCACUCGAACGGCGACAAGAACGUCGGCAACAACGUUCACAACGACGACGACGACGACGACGACGACGAACGCUUCCUCGCAAACCUGCUGCUGGACGAAAGCGACCACAGCGGAGAGGGAGAAGCUCCCGGAGCCGGCAUCCCCUCCUCGAGCGGCCUCCUCGAGAAAAUCCUGACCCACCUGACGGAGCAAGAGCACAGGGAAUGGGCCGCCGGCGCGGGCGACGACAACAACGACGAUUGCGACGAAAAAACCCGCGGCAACGACGAGCCAGCCGAGAAAGGCCUCCGGCAGAUGCUCCGGCGGACGGUGGACUGCAUGGACCACGAGCCGCACGACCUGCUCGUCCAGCAGCACGGCACCCGCAUCGUCUACAAGCUGGCGAAGAAGCUGUUCUUGCGCCGCCGCGAGAAGGAGCAGAGGAAGGCAAGGCGGCGGAGACGGGAGCGGGACCUGCGCUGGUACGAAGACGACCAUGGUGGCGAUGGAAGUGGCGAUCGCACUGGCAAACAGAAAACGAGCCCGGAGCCCAGCGACAACAACGACCACGACGACAACGACGACGACCACGACGAAUACCAAGAAGAAACGAACGAGCUGAUUCUGGACGCCUCGGACACGAUCCUCCAAGCCAUGGAAGACUUUCCGGACGACGAGGCCUUGCUGGAGGAUUCCUGUCUCGCACUCGAGGUCCUCACAGACAAGAACUACUACAGCAAGAACUACGGCAACGCCAAUCGCCAUGCCGCACCGGCCUCCCUCUUUGAUACCAAGACCACCAAGCGGAUCCUAGAAGAAAUCCUCAUGACCAUGGAGGGAUUUGCCGACAAUCCCGUUGUGGUGUCGUCGUCUCUCGGGCUGCUCGGGAAUCUCUCGUCUACCACCACUACCACCAGCAAGAGCCAGGCGGGCGGUUCCUUCUCCAGUCCCAACCACGACGAUCUCCGACGAAAGCUGGCCAGGUACGCCAUUCCCUCCAUACUGCACGGAAUGAGAGAGCAUCGGGACGACGCCGAGCUCUACACGAAGGGAUGCAAGGCACUGGCCAACUUUACCCGGGACAAUCCUUCGGCCCAGCACCACCUGGCCUGCAAGGAAAACCUGGGACUGAGGAUCGUGGCCGAGGGACUGAACCGCGGCGCCGGGGAACAAAACCCCAACGAGCUGGUGCUCUUGCAGAACCUGGGGCUUCGAUCGGCGGCCCUCGUGGUUCUGAAGCACCUCUCGACCCAUCCCUCCCUCGAGGUCAAGGGAAAGAUCGCUCUCGGUGGAGGAGCGGCGAGGAUCGUCGACCGACUGCUGCAGGUCUUGCAGCAAACCGGAAAGGAACUCAUCGAGAACAACUACCAGGUCGAGCACAGCGGACGCGAUUGCGGACGCGAUUGCGGAGAGGACGACGAAGACGACGACGACGACGAGGUCGGAAUCUCGCUCUCGGUCCUGCAAGACGCCCUCCAAACACUGGAAAACCUCGCCGACAUCGAGGGGGUGGUCACCAAGGACGAUCCACGAUCCCCCCACCUUCCCACGCUGCACCGCUCCCCGCACUCGGCGGCUACCAACUCGGCCGAGGACAUCCAGAAGCAGCUCACCAAGGCCGUCAAACCCGUCCUCAACACGGUGCUGCAGCAUCCCAACCGGCCCUCGGUCCAAUACCGUGGGCUCUGCUGCAUCCAGCGCCUCACCCUCGGCCACGCCGACGCGAUUGCCAACCACUACGGGGGAAUAUCGACCCUCCUCAACGUUCUCUCGUCCCCCUCGCCGGAGGCAGCCUUUCUCUCCCCCUGCGCGGGAAUCACCGAGUCCGACAUCCACCAAAAGGCCCUCGCCUGUCUCACGGGGCUGCUCUCGCCCUCCUCCAACGCGGACGGGCUCGAGCUGGUGGCCUCGAUGGAAACCGAGGACGGCCUGGCCACGAUCUUCCGGACCGUCCGCAUGUACCAGUCCCGGCCGGAGCUCAUCUCGUCCGCCUUUGAGGCGCUCUUCUACCUCAGCUGCCGGGCCCGGGUGGUCCUGGCCAGCAUCGCCGAGGCCGAGCAGAGCCGGAAGGGGGCUUCCUUCUCCCAUUUCUCCCACGGGGCCGAGGCCGAGGCAGCCCGCAAGCUAAGGGACCAGCUGUGCCUGGAAGAAAACGUCUUUGUGCUCGUCGGAACCAUCCAGCAGUACCUGCAGGCGGACGAAUCUAUCUGCCAGCGCGGCCUCGGGAUCUUGCUCAACGUGCAGGCAUUUCUAAUUGCCACGGCGGCCGAGGCGGACGAAGGCGAGCCGCGGCGGCAAUCGCAAUCGCAACCGCAUUCGCAUUCGCAACCUCGGUCCCACGCGCCGCCGACGCAGCGCGACGUGCUUGCGUCAAACGGCGGAAUCAAGCUGGUCCUCGCGGUCAUGAGACUGCACGGCCUGGCGGUGGCCAUCCAGGAAUACGGCGUGGGGCUCCUGGCCAGCAUGCUCGGCAGCGGCAGCAACAACACCAGCAACGGACACACACCAAGGAGCAGGGCGGCCGCCCUCCGCGAGUUUUUUGACGAGGAGGGCAUCGUGACGGUCAUCUCGGCCAUGGUCAUCCACCCGGACCACGCCCUCAUACAGUCGACGGGCUGCGACGUCCUCAUCAGGCUGGUAGUGGUGGACCACUCCCCCUACAACCUGCUCGAGGCCGACCCGGAGGCAACGGCGGAAGCCGCCUUCUACAAGCGGUGCAUCCUCGAGGACACGAACGCCCGAGCGGUCGUGGAGGACGCCCUGGAGCGGUUUCCCACCCAGAAGUACCUGCAGCACCGCGGGGCGAUCCUCCUUGGGGCCCUGUCGUCUCCCGGGGCGGGCAGCGGCACCGCGGCAAAGGCACGCAACAAGGCGGCCCUCCUGCGAAACUCGGUGACCACGGCGGCGGCGGCCUCCUUCUCCACGGCCCUGAGCUCCUCCAACAAGCUGCUCUCGUCGGUGGCGGCGGCGUCCUCCUCGCCCGUUUCCAGGGGGUAGACCGAUCGGCAAACGCCGUAGGCAAAAACGCGUCGAGGCAAACUACCAACACCCCGCGGGUUGUUGGCCCUCGGAAAGCAAUCGGCGUGCAUCGUCGCGUGCGGAAAACGAUGCGAAACAGAAUGCGACACGAAGCGAAGCGCUGUCGUCGGUCCUAGCGGUGCCGAGAGCAGAGCAAGCACGACCGAAUGCUGUUCUUUGAUGCGAUCCGGAGCCCGCCCGGACGGACAACAAACCACACGACGCGAUGCUACAACCUGCCAUUGUUGCCGUGCCGUGCCGUGCCGUGCCGUGCCAUGCCAUGCCAUGCCAUGCUUGAACACUUCAGAAGAUACUGAUUGGUUCUACUUUGAAGUUGAGGACUUCUUAGACUUAGUAGAAUUGUUGAGUCCAAAAACCACACCAGCACUACUACUAAGAAAUUUUCUUUGAGUUUAUGAUGAUGUUGUAGUAGUGCCCAAAAAGGUUCUCUGGAAAAACACCCAUCAGCAAUGUAUGUGUAGAGAAAAGAAACCCCCUCUCUGACUAAAUAAUACUCUGAUUCAGAUUGGCUAUUUCUGAGAAGUAACAGAGCAAGCAAGCCUAUCUACUUGUUCAAGAAAAGUGGUACUUUUUUUUGCUCAUAACCUGUUUAAAUAUAAUAGGACUAUUUCC